AUGUAUCAGCGAUCUGGUGAUGGCAUGCUGGAGCAACGUGGCAAGUAUUUGGUUGCUCGAGCGGAGGAUUUCUCAUUGCGAAGUUGGCCUCGAAGACAGCUGAGCUCCUUUGAUGAGAGCUGUGAUGAUCUACAAUAUCUCGACACGGAAGCGCUUGUGAAUCAAUGCAUACGGCCACUCGGCGUCAGAUAUGUGGCCUCAGUGUACUGGGUGGUCACUACAGUGACAACGGUUGGCUAUGGUGAUAUUACUCCUAAUACUGCACUAGAAUAUGUGUUCGCCAUGGCGAUCAUGUGUUUGGGCGUGGCCGUUUACGCACAGAUCAUCAGCCGUGUUGCUAAUAUUUUGGCGCUUCGGGAUAAGAAUAGAAAACUGAGAAAUCAGCGAUUGUCGCAUCUGGUGGAGUUUUGCUCGAAUGCUGAGAUCGACCUGAAACUCAUAAAAGAUCUAAAUGAACUUAUGCUGGCGCAUACGGAAACAGACACUUCUUUGAACCCGCAGCAAGUUGCGACUAUCAUGGGCACAUUUCCGAUGGAGGUACGCACUAAACUAGCAUACUCGAUGCACGGCGGUCGGCAUUUAAGUCUGGACAUCUUCUCGGAUUCCCGUAACAAGAAUGCUCUGAUCUGUCAUCUCGCGCCUCUGCUGCAGCGAGUAGUGAAGCGACCGAUGGAUGACAAGAACGGCCUGAUAUGGAAAGAAGGUGAAUUGGAUGUUCCCAUGGGCGUCCGUCUGUGCAUGCUCCCGGUUAGGUGA